AUGGAGGUGUUCUCAUAUGGUACUUACGCUGAGGCGGAAUGCAGGGAUGCAUGGGCGAAGCAUAAGGACCUUGAUUCAUAUGAGUCCAAGUGGCUAUACGUGGAUGCAUUAUUGAAGGUGUUGCGAAAGUAUUCCGAUAAGACAGUAGCGAUGGACUUAGUGCGGGAGUUGGAAUCUUACACAGGGGACCCCUCGAAUCUUGUCAUGAGUGGCUCAUUGUCAAGAUCUAGAGCAUCAAGCUCAUCCGGAUCUACUGCUUCUGACGACCAUGCGAUAUCCCGUUUUCAAGAGGGCCCGCUACCCCCGCAUUUACGAAACAACCAAGGAGGUCCAUCGUCGUUCCCACAACCCUUUCAAGACUUGUCUGAAGGUGAAAGCAGUACAGACGGUGAAGAAAACGACCGUGUCCCUCCCGUGUCUGUAUACGCACAGAGUCAGAUGAACCGUCCACAGUCGUCUAUGUCUUCUCGUCGAUACCGAACUCCCACAGCAGGCUCCAUCAUGCUCUCUUCCCCACCUGGCAGCACGAGCGUGCCUACAUCGCAGCCUCUUCCAGCAUUUCAGACCGAAUCUGCCUUCGCCGAACCCGGUGUCUCGUCUGGUUACCCGCAGAGUACUUCGUCGCUUUACGAUCGGUUCCGACAGUCCUCCUCUGACCUCACAUAUCCCACGCAUCCAUCUCCCGCCCAUCCCCCUUACAGAGCACCCAGCCAACAGCAGCGGCGGCCUUACAGCGGCUUCCCGAACGCUCCAGCUCGCCCCGCGUCGCGCCCAGCUAUCGAGCGCGCUAUAGAGAGCAUGCAGACUGCUAUUGCCGCUCUCACUGAACGAAUAGAGACCCUUGAGGGGCUUGCUCAUCGUUCGACCGCAUCACUGUCCAGCCAAGGGCGACGUUCACCCCGCUGGAGCGCUACAGGACAGGACAGCGAAUUGCUUUGGGACAUAGAUGAUAUGGGCAUGUGGUCGAUUGUCCUGCGUCCCCUCGCUCGCCUAGCCGAAAUGAUCAAGUUCAUUGCUUCUCUCCUAGCACAUGCUCAAGGCCGUUCGCCGACGUUCGUUGUGGUGCGGAGACUUUUCUUGGAUAUUUCGUUCUUGUUGUGUGUGCUUGCUGCAACAAAAGUAGCGUGGAGACGAAGCGGAAUUCGACGAAUGGAGGCUCUUGCUGCUUUGACAGGACUCUGGUGUGCGGUGACUGGUACACAAAGGCCACGCCUGUUGAUAGAUAGAGCGGUGUGA